AAGCAGCGGGUCUUAGUUCCCUACUUUCUUGUGGGAAUGAGUUGCCAAUCUUUCACUUCGGCUGAUACCUUUAUACCUCUGAAUUCGGAUGCUUCUGCUGCUCUGAGAAUGCACCACAGUGCCUCCGAGUGUCUCCCGGCCUCCAACCACGCCACCAACGUGAUGUCCACAGUCCCGUCUAUUUUGUCUUUGGUCCAAACUCCUAAAUGUUUGCACACGUAUUUCUCGAUGACAACGAUGGGAAAUACAGCCACAGGACUUCAUUAUUCUGUGCCUUCCUGCCAUUAUGGAAAUCAGCCAUCCACCUAUGGAGUGAUGGCAGGCAGUUUAACCCCUUGUCUUUACAAGUUUCCAGACCACACCCUGAGCCAUGGGCUUCCUCCCCUGCACCAGCCUCUGCUGGCAGAGGACCCCACGGCCUCUGAAUUUAAGCAGGAACUCAGGCGGAAAAGCAAAUUGGUGGAAGAACCAAUAGACAUGGAUUCCCCGGAAAUCCGAGAACUGGAACAGUUUGCCAAUGAGUUUAAAGUGAGAAGAAUUAAGUUAGGAUACACCCAGACAAACGUGGGCGAAGCGCUGGCUGCUGUCCACGGCUCGGAAUUCAGUCAAACAACCAUCUGUCGAUUUGAAAACUUGCAGCUCAGUUUCAAAAAUGCUUGUAAACUCAAAGCAAUUUUAUCCAAGUGGCUGGAGGAAGCGGAGCAGGUCGGAGCUUUGUACAAUGAAAAGGUGGGAGCAAAUGAAAGGAAGAGGAAACGGAGGACAACUAUCAGCGUCGCGGCUAAGGAUGCUUUGGAGAGACACUUCGGAGAGCACAGCAAGCCCUCCUCCCAGGAGAUUAUGAGGAUGGCUGAAGAACUGAACCUCGAGAAAGAAGUAGUAAGAGUGUGGUUUUGCAACCGAAGGCAGAGAGAAAAACGGGUGAAAACAAGUCUCAAUCAAAGCCUGUUCUCUCUUUCCAAGGAGCAUCUUGAGUGCAGAUAA